AAAUUUACUUUAGAAAAAAAAAAAAACGUGUAGCCCGUAGGCAACUUGAAGUCGGGAAGCCAAGCCGCCGGCGCCGCUGCCCCAACCCUAACCCCGAUCCCGGCAAUCGACGCGCCGCCCGGCCUAGGUGCCACGGGCGGCGGCCGCCCUCUCGCCCCGCGGAAACGCCGGCGCCGCCUAGCUACCACGGGCGGCCCUCCGGCCCUCGCCUGUGGCUUCCUCGCCUUCGCUGCCACGGGAGGACCGGAGCUUUGAGUAGGUGCGCCGGCGGUGAACGGGAGCGGUGGAAGCAGUUACCCGCACCGCCAUGGACACUGUCCUCCCCUCCGCUGUGCCUGACUCAGCGGCUCCUGUCGCUGGAGAUUCAGGGCUCUCAGAGCAGCAGCUGAUUCAAUAUAUACACUCGCUUCGGGAAAAUCAAGUUGUUGACGGUUUAUUCGAAGAUCUUAAAAAAGAAAAACAUAUGAGCCUUACAAAGCUUGCUCAUAUACUUAAAAUCACUGAUGGAUUGUCUAACAUUAAUAUCGUGGAGAGUUCUGUUGAACCUAAGACAAGAGCAUUGUUAGAGGGAAUUCAACAGAAAGUAUAUGAUGGCAUAGGUCUAUGUCCAUCCAUUGGUGGAUCAUUUUCGGAGUUAUUGGGUAGUCUAUCUCUCAGUGCUACUAUCACUAAAGAUCUAGGGUCUAUGGAAGUGAGGCAUUUGAAAAAGCCUUAUCCAUUAUGUAGCUAUUCCAUUGGUUUUGUGUUGCCCUCCUGAAUUCUCCAAGAAAUUGGCAAUCAAGUUUGUACAACCCAUGUUACGACAGUGUAAAUUUGUACUUAAUUUUGCUUGGUUCAAUCAUUUAUACAAAGGGAAAGCUGAAGUACCAUUCCUUUCUGAAUUUGGUGAGACAGAAAAGCUACAGCAAAAAUUACUACUUGAUUUCACUCGUGAAGUUUCAGAAUUUCUUGGAGUAUUGGCAGUAACAGAAGAAAACUAUUUGCAAGAUCCUGAAUCUAUGUCAUCAAUCUCUCUCUUUAGGUUUAUUUUAACUGGUGAUUGUUUUGACUGGCUGGAUAUGAGCCUCUUUGGGUACUUUGUGGAUGAUGAAGCAACAAGCAAGGCUAUUCCUUUUUUACGUUCUCUCAUUCACCUUGCAACAACUGAUGAUAUGAGUCUCAGGCUCUUCAUCGUGGAUGAUUUGCUUCCAUCUAUAGUUAGACGUCUAGACAAUCAGCUUACUUGUGCAAUCCAGUGCCAAAGACACAAACUGAAUCCAGGUGCAGCUGAUAGUGCUGGCAAGGACCUUGUUGUCCUUUGUCAACAAUUGUAUAAUUAUUUUCAAAUCCAGGAGUUUUCUAGAGAAGGCAAAGACAAUUGUAGCGCUGAAUGCAGCUUUAGCGUCUGGAUUGAAAAGCUGAAGAAAGAUCUUGAAUUAAAGGCGUCUUCUGCUAGUAAGGAACUUCCUGAGGGUUGUGAGUGGAAUUGGGAGUUCGAAGAAGAAUUUCAGAGGUACCUUCAUGUUUAUAUGGACAUCUUACAAGAAGUGAAUGCAAUGGAUGAUUGUAUGGAGCGUGAUUAUUUGGACAAAGAAACUCUCUUCCAGAAAUUGAAAUUUGAAUUCAGAUAUAAGCAUGCCAUCAACAGCUAUCAACAUCCUUAUAUGGUGACCAUUUCUUCUCUCCGACAACGACAAUUUUACACAAGGACUUGCUUCAGAUGCAACAUGCAGAUAUGUAAAUUUCUUAGCGAACUUGUCAAACUGAAACCCUACAUUAAGGUUUCUGAUUGUUCUUAUGAUGUUAUUGAAAAUCUCAAACAAAAUCAUGAGAUACUUACUGAGAUUUCAGACUGUGAAGUGGUACCAUCAGUUGAUCUUUUGCUUCAUUCUGUGUUGUAUAUUUGGGAGCCUAGAUUUCAUCCUUUGAUACGUGAGUAUUAUACUGCUGUAGAGCAAAUACGCUUGCACAAAGAGUUUGACAAUUAUUUGUCCUCUGGUGAACUGGAUCAUUCUAUGGAUGAGUUUAUUUCUUCAAAGGAUGAAUUUGUAGAAGAUCUCAUUAGAGACGAGAGCACGAUGGCACAGUUUUCAGAUUUGAAUCAUGCUCUCUUGAAAUUGUCUUUGGAGAGGAGAGCUGAUGUUCUGGAAAAUCAGCAACAAAUUUGCAUAUAUUCAGAAUGUUUACGACACCUCUUGGAGGAUGAGUCGUUGCUUUAUUUGUUGUCAUCGUCAUUCAUAGGUGAAGUUAACAGUUUGCUGAAUCCUAUACUUGCCAAUAUUGCCAAAGUAGAACAGGGUCCUGUUAUUAUCGUUUCUAGUUGAAAUAGCUGUAGUAAUAAAAAGGGUGAAUAGCUAAUUUAGUCCCUCAAGUUUCACUGAAGGCUCAAUUUAGUUCUUCAGGUUUCGUUUUGUCCACAUAGGUCCCCUAAGUAUUUGUUUUGGCUUAAAAUCAUCCUUGGAACCACAUAAUAUGCCAUAUGGCUAUUUCUAGUCAAUAUUUCUGUUAGAAAAUGUCCCUCUUGCCCUUAAUUUGUAUACAACUAUACACUAUAAAAGAGAAAACCAAAAUGAAUAAACAAUAUUGCAGAUGUACUUCCCAUUAUUUCAACAUGUGCUCUUGAAACUUAAGCAAUGCCUAUCGUAUAGACUUGCAAGUAUAUAAUUUAUUUUUGCUUUUACGUAAAUUACUAUGCAUUAUCUAUAAAAAAAAUCAUUGCAUGCAAUUUUUUCUCUUAUAUAUGUGAAUGAGGGGUAUAAGUGUCAUUUAUCAAGAGGGUUGUUGGUUAUGUUUAGCCAUGUGGCUUCUGAGUAGGUUCAAGGAUAAGUUUGAACUCAAAUGAAAACUUGAAGGACUAAUACGGAUAGAUUGAAACAUCAAGGACCAAACUGAGCCUCGGAUGAAACUUGGAGGACCACUAUAGCUAUUCACCCUAAUAAAAAUGUGGAAAGUAGUUUUAUUGUUCAAUAAGUUCAUCAACCUUACAAAACUAUAGUAUGUCAACGGAGUCUAAUACACACUAGAACAAUGGGAGUGGUCCUGAAGUACUAUUUCGAGUGUAAUGCAUAAUUUAAUGGUAUCAAUCACAUGAAAAGUUGCUAAUUUUAUCGCGUCCCUCAACUCUAGAUCCGUUUUGAGUUUCAUCCCUCAAAUACAGAGCCUCAUAAAAUUAGUCCACUCGACUAUUAAAACUGGGUAUAACUUGCCCCCUCGACCUUAUUUGCUAGUUAAUUUGACCAACAUAGGUUGUGAGGCUAGAAAGACAGUGAACUUGAUGGCCCAUGUCACAAAAGGUGAAUCAAAGAAUAUUGAAAUCGUGGAUGAUGAACCACGAACCUCUAUAACAAGUGGGCUCCACUGUUUAUCUCGGCUAAAAUCACUGUCAUAAGUUUUACCAGGUUUGAGAGUUGAAUGAUAGAUUUCAUUUGGUAUUGUAGUCUAUGGACAAAAUUCAAAUGAAUCAAUAGUCGAGGGGUGAGAAAUUUACUUAUUCAUUUUACUGCUCAUGCCCAAGAAAUAGAAUUGUUAUUUUAUACUCCCUCCAUCCCAAAAAAAGACAAACCCUGGGUUUCCGUGUCCAACGUUUGAUUGUCCGUCUUAUAUGAAAUUUUUUUAUAAUUAGUAUUUUCAUUGUUGUUAGAUGAUAAAACAUGAUUAAUACUUUAUGCGUGACUUGUCUUUUAAAUUUUUUUCAUAAUUUUUUCAAAUAAGACGGACGGUCAAACGUUGGACACAGAAACCUAGGGUUUGCCUUUUUUUGGGACGGAGGGAGUAGUGUGGACAGACUUUUAAUGGAACAUUGUUUAAUCCCAGCUCACCAUUUUGCGAUAUUCUCUUGAAGAUACAGACUGCAAGGAAAAUUGAAGAAACAAAAACUUACACAUGGAAAUGCUCAAACCAGAUUUUUACUUUCCUCAAGUGGGAACUUUAGAGUUUAGAGUCUAACGUAUAAUAUAUUAGAUCCUUAAAAAGUGUUGUAAAGCUAGGUUGUCAACAUUCAUGGAAGUAUACCCAGAAUUUAAUGAUUACUCUAUCAAGAGUACAACUAUCUUAUGCUAGUCAUAUUGGCAGUUAACAAAAGUUUUCUUUUCAUCUGACAUUAGAUAUUUCAGUGUAUUGACCUUUUUUUGUUUUUGGAUUACUAUGUGCGUAUUGUUGGAACUAAACAAACCACACAAUAUGACAUUCUGACUGAAUAUCUGAAAUGUUUUUGGGAUGUAAAUUUUUCAUAUCCUUUGACAAAAGUGGAAUUGGUGAAUAACCUCCUGAUGCUAGAUUUAAGAUACUCCCUCUGGUCAUAAAUAUUUGACCUUUAUGUUUGGUCAAACUUUUGGAACACUGACCAUCAAUAACUUCUAAAUGUUUAGUUUAAGAACAUAAAAAUUCAAGUCAUGAUGUCUUGCUAUGAUCCACUUGAAUGUUUUGCAUAUAAUGUGCAAUCCUUGAAACAUUGCAUGGUUUAGGGUUUUAAAGACUGGUA